CUUCGCUACUGGGAUCGAAGUCCAGGACAAACGACGGAGAGUCCUCGUUAUCAGUACUGGGAGUAAAUCAGUGGAUGGUAUCUUGGGUGGUAAGGUUCUACAUUACUUCCUCAGCUCGCUCGUGAAGUCUCAUUGGGAGUAGGAGGUAUCAUGUCGCAAUCUGUUUCCGAAGUAUACGGGGAAUAUCGAACCGGCAAAACUCAGUUGGCACAUACGAUGAGUGUUGUAGCUCAGCUGCCUCCCGAACUAGGUGGCGCGUCCGGAAAGGUGGCGUAUAUUGACACUGAAGGGACUUUUCGACCUGACCGCAUCAGGUCUAUCGCCGAUCGUUUCGGUGUGGAUGGCAACAUGGCCCUUGAAAACAUCCUUUAUGCUCGCGCAUUCAACAGCGAACACCAGAUGGAACUCAUCAACGAAUGUUCAUUACGUUUUUCCGAAGACAAAGAUUUCCGGCUUUUGAUAGUCGACAGUAUUAUGGCCCUCUUCCGCGUCGACUACAGUGGAAGAGGAGAGCUGAGUGAAAGACAGCAGAAGCUGGCCCAGAUGUUGUCAAGGUUAACCAAGCUCUCAGAGGAAUACAACAUUGCGAUUCUCCUCACGAAUCAAGUACAAUCUGAUCCUGGUGCGACAAUGACAUUCGUUGCUGGUGGGGCACUAAAGCCAAUCGGUGGACACAUAUUAUCACACGCUUCUGCGACGCGGAUGUUCCUUCGCAAAGGACGCGCCGAAGAGCGCGUAGCUAAACUUGUCGAUAGCCCUGACCGUCCUGAGAGCGAAGCCUCAUACAAGCUAGAUGAAGGUGGCUGGUCUGAUGUCUAAUGGUCUCUUGCUCUUUUCAUCUCUGGUCGGGCAUUUUGUUCCGGCGAUUUCCUCUCCGUCUUCACAUCUGGGUGCCUUGCUUCAAUCGUAUGCAUGCGUACACAUAUCUGC